AUGCAUCACUUCUCAAACAUGUCACCAAAUCCAGAAGAACUCUUUCUUAUCAAAAAUGACAAAGAAGAAGUGAUCAAUAUUGAUAAUCAUAAGAUAGAAACAGAAGAAAUCUCAAAAACUCUAUCAUCAGCAUCAGCGUCAUCGUCAUCGUCAUCAGAAGAAGAAAAGCUUGAAGAAAAAGAUGAAGAUGGUUUCAGAACUCCAACAACAUUGGACCACAAGAUACCAGUGCUCACAUGUCCACCUGCACCCAAAAAAAUGAAACAGUCUCUGAAAAGAAGAGCUGUAUACACUGAUCACUACUACAACUGCAGACAGUUACCACUUGAUCUGUCAAAAGAAGUUGAAUUAUUGUUCCAAACUAAGCAUAUUCCAUUUUCUGAUUCACAUGGCGCCAAGAAAAUUCGAAGAGAUAAUAAUCAGGAAACUACGAAAUGA